GCCAAAGAUAAUCCAAGAGACAGAUGACCGAAAGCCCACCGAAACCGGUAAAUCCUAGCGCUAAACCCACAACCCAACACGCACAAGAAGCAGCGGGAAAGUGCGAAGGACGAGCAGCUCUCACCCACCAGGAGAGAGUCCUCCGCUGCUCUCCUCUCCUCUCCUCCGGCUAAGUGGUUGGCUGGUCUCAGCGACAGCGAUCCCUUUCGGGGUACUAGUAGCUAGUAGCCGCGACGACGGAUGGUGGAACCCGUGGGUGCAGGUGGUGGCGGUAGUGGCUGGGGCGCGGAGGGGUUGGCGCUGCUGGCCUCUGCUCCUCCAGCUCGCGAUAAGGGUCUUCGUCGUCGUCGUCGUCCUCGCAUGACCGCUCAUGGCCGCGACAUUGACGAUGGCCAGGGAAAUGAAGAUGUCAACCGGCGAAAACUUACAGGCGGGGUUAUUGUCUAGGACGCCUCCAUUUGGUCUGAGGCUAUGGGUUGUGCUUGGCAUUAGCAUUUGGGCUGCAAUUCUGUUUGUCCUAGGUUGCAUAUGCUUCUUCCUUAUAUACUGGAGGAAACGAGGUAAUCGCUUUGGUGAUACUGCUGAACCUGAAAUCCCAGAUAUUACCAAAGAGAUUGCAGUAGACGAAGCAAGAAACAGAGUGGCUGCAGAAAACGUCCAACGUCAAGAAAGUUACACCCUCUCAUUGAAGGAGAGGCAGACCAACAAAGGUUCACGGAAAAUGCUGGCUCAUUUCCUCAGCUGCAAAUCAAGUGGUAGCCAUAAUUUAGUUGGAUGCAGUUCAAUGUACCAAAAUGAUAAGGCUCAGUGCUCAUACUCCAGUGACGAAGGCACCUCAGGACAUAAUGAGAGGGAGUACUCUCAGUAUGCCACAAUGUCCACAUCUCCUCAGAUUGGUCUCCCAGAAUUCUCUCAUCUGGGUUGGGGCUAUUGGUUCACUCUCAGGGAUUUGGAGGACGCAACAAAUGGGUUCUCUGAUGACAAUAUCAUAGGAGAGGGCGGCUAUGGGGUUGUUUACCACGGUCGUCUUAUAAAUGGAACUGAUGUUGCAAUCAAAAGGCUUUUUAACAACAUAGGGCAGGCAGAAAAAGAGUUCAAGGUUGAAGUUGAGUCUAUUGGUCAUGUUAGGCACAAGAAUCUGGUGCGACUUCUAGGUUACUGCAUUGAGGGAAGCUACAGGAUGCUUGUCUAUGAAUACAUCAACAAUGGGAACUUAGACCAGUGGUUACAUGGCGCAAGGAGUCAACAUGGUGUUCUUACAUGGGAAGCCCGCAUGAAAAUUAUCCUUGACAUUGCAAAAGCACUGGCAUAUUUGCAUGAGGGGAUAGAGCCAAAAGUUAUCCACCGUGAUAUCAAAUCAAGUAAUAUCCUUAUUGAUAAAGAUUUCACAGGAAAACUUUCUGAUUUUGGAUUAUCUAAGCUCUUACGUGCUGGGAAAAGCCACAUUACUACCCGAGUUAUGGGAACCUUUGGGUACGUAGCCCCUGAAUAUGCUAAUACUGGGCAGCUAAACGAGAAGAGUGACGUCUACAGUUUUGGAGUGCUACUCUUGGAAGCAGUGACCGGAAGGGAUCCAGUUAACUAUGGUCGACCUACCGAUGAGGUGCACCUGCUGGAGUGGAUCAAGCUGAUGGCUAGCAGCAGAAGAGCCGAGGAGGUAGUAGACCCUGCGAUGGAGGCCAAGCCAACCAAACGGCAGCUGAGGCGCGCGCUCGUGGCUGCCCUCAAGUGCGUCGACCCCAAAGCGGACAAGCGGCCCACGAUGGGCAGCGUCGUCCGCAUGCUGGAGGCCGAUGAUGUUGCGCUAUCAUCACGGCAGGAUCGGAGGAGCCCGAUGGGGCGAUGCGGCGACGGCGACGGUUCAGGGCGGCGUGAGCCGUCCGGGACAUCGGCGAGAUACGAUACAGCUUUUGUAUAAGCGUUACGUACGAUCACUUUUUAUCACCAGAAGGCCUGAAAUAUUUGUGUUCAUACUUCAUACUUUAGGGUAAGGCAACGUGUUGUUUUUUUUCCUCCGGAAAGAAAUGUACUCCCUCCGUUUCAUAAUAUAAAACUUUCUAGCAUUGUCCA